AUGCAGGCUGCACAGCAGUCCUGGGAGCUCGAGAACUCCAUCAGCGUAUUCGACCCACAACGCGAUGCCCUCUACCAAUACGAUGAAGCCACACAAAAGGCCCUCAACGCCGAACGGCCCUGGGCCACGGACCCGUACUACUUCAAAUCAGUCCGGAUCUCCGCAACAGCACUAUUGAAAAUGGUGAUGCACGCCCGAUCAGGCGGAUCCCUAGAAGUCAUGGGCUUGAUGCAAGGCUAUAUCUUGCCAAACACAUUUGUCGUGACGGACGCAUUCCGACUACCCGUCGAAGGAACCGAGACUCGCGUGAACGCUCAGGACGAGGCGAACGAGUACAUGGUGUCGUAUCUGCAGUCAUGCCGGGAUGCGGGCCGGAUGGAAAACGCCGUGGGCUGGUACCACAGUCACCCAGGGUACGGGUGCUGGUUGUCCGGCAUCGACGUAGCCACGCAGCAGACACAACAGAUGACGGGGCCGUUUGUGGCCGUUGUGAUUGACCCGGAGCGCACGAUUUCCGCCGGCCGCAUUGAAAUCGGUGCAUUCCGCACUUUCCCCUUGGACUUUACCCCGCCGAAGGAGGGCCAUGAGGACGACGAGUAUCAGACUAUCCCGCUUGGCAAGGCGGAGGAUUUCGGUGCACACGCAAACCAAUAUUACUCUCUCGAGACGACACAUUACAAGAGCACGCUCGACACUGAAAUCCUCUCUCUUCUUUGGAACAAGUACUGGGUUGCGACGCUGAGCCAGAGCCCACUAUUCACAUCCCGGGAUUACGGCAGCAAGCAGAUGAUGGAUCUUAGCCAGAAGAUCCGCAAAUCAGCCCGGGCUAUUGAAAAUAGUGGACCGCGGGGCGGUUCGGCGACAACGAAAGAUCAGCAACUCGAUAAGGUUGUACGUGGUGGUCAACGGAUUGUAUCGGAGGAGGUAAAGGGACUCCUGGCAUCCGAAGUGAAGAUGAAGCUCUUCCAGGACAUCGGAGAUCAGUCUGCUCCAGCAUCCUAG